GCCAAAACUAGCACUCACUCAUGGACCGUACAUGUCAAGCCCAGCUCCUCAGUCCUGAAUCUCGAGGAAUUGAGGAUGAACCAGGUUUUGUUGGGAUCCUUUACGAUAUCUUCUACGAAAAAACACGGUGGACUUGCGCCCGUCUCACAUAACCUUCGAUGUCCUUGACCGAUGGGGACAAUGUAAUGACACACGCAUACCUCAGGAAGGGACGGCCAACUGGAAGGACCCAGAAUGGAAUCAAUUGGUCAUAUCGCCCAAAUCCCGGUCAUAUAAAGCCCAUUUUCCGCUCCAAUAUUUCUGCAGUGCUCUUUCUUUCCCUUUUCCAUCCUCCUGGUCUGAGUUCACUCUCGAAAUGAGGCUUUCAAUAAGUCUCGUAUCCACGUUCCUUGUCAUUUUAUCGUCCCUCGCUUUCCUGCCUACCACUGUAUUCGGCAUCCAUCAUCGAUACGCGAAGAAAUCACAAAACGCCAUUGUUACUGCUCGUCAACAUCAUCUACAGCCAGUUACUCGCGACCUGAUCGACCUUUGUAUCAAUCUUCGCGUCGUUUUUGACCAGCUUCCACUUGAUCUCAAGAGUAUCAUUGCUGGUAAUGUCGACGUUUGUUUGUGUCUCAAGGACCUCGACGUCUUCCUGAACGCGAAAGUUGAAGAUCUCGAUGUUCUCGGCGUUCUCAGACUCAACAUACCCGUUUUGAGAGUCUUUCUGGACAACUUGCUUCGCACAUCGGGAAAGAAGUGUACUCUACCCCCUCACGCUCAUUUCGUCUGUACCAACUCAGAUCCUUGCCACGUCAAAUGCGAUCCUGGGUUCAUUCGAGAUGGAGAUCAAUGUGUCUGUUCCAAACCCAAAAAGUUGUGCAAAGGUCAAUGUCUUGCCUCACCGAAUUCUUGUGACCCCUCCGCUACCCCUCGUCCUCUCCAUUCACGUCGGAGUGAGAUAGUCACCCUCGAGGAAGCUCAGCGAUACUGCGGUAGCAUGGAGGUUUGCGGUGUACCAUCUGCAAAAUCAGGGAAUGCCUUUGAGUGUAUUGACACAACGAGCAACACCGACAGUUGUGGUGGUUGUGUCUACCCUAACCCUUGGGCAGUUACCUCCUCCGGCAAAGAUUGUACAUCGCCCAAGGCUCUCAAGGUUACCUGUAGGGCUAGUCGCUGUGUCGUCGAUCUAUGUCAAGAGGGCUUCGAGCCUAAUGGUCCCCGGGAAGCUUGCGUUCCAACCAGUCUGAAAAGACACGCUUUUCGACGUGCGAGUGUUUCCGUACCCACAACGAUUGACCUCGGGCACAAUAACGGUGUCACUACCGAUCUCGGCUCCAAUUUCAACGGCAAGUUGAACGAGGUAGGAGAACGUCCCGCCACUUCCAUGAUGAAUCCUAUAGGUUCGAUGUUGGCCGGUGACGGCUCUUUAUCGUGCCUGUUUUCCCCACCACAUAUUCCUGAUGAUCCUCCAAGUACGCUUUCCGGUCUUCUUGUUCUCUUCGGUAAUAUUUCUGCGAUUGCAAGAACCGUCGGCGACUUUGGUGAGCUUUUGGGCAUUGAGUGUAACUGCCAUAACCCGGCCGCAUCACAUCCUUCCGCACCACUGCUCAAAUCCGUCGUCGAUCUCGUCCUCAGGGUCAACAUCAAUCUCAACCUUCUCACAAACCCCGCUGAUAUUGAUACCGUCGCGGAUCUUCUCAACCAAAUCCUAAAGGCCUCCCUCAGAUGUUUAGAACUAUCCCAUCUAGAGUAUGCCUUACGUGGCAUACUCUCGCAGUUGGAGGGUCAGGUUUACCAAUUGCUGAAAGGCAUUAAACUCGUUCCAGAAGGCAUCUCUAACUGUGACUGCGAGACGGACUUGGUUUCUAGUCUGAGGACUGGUUCGGGACUAAAGAAGAGAUCAGCAUUAAGGCGAGGCGUCGCAUGUGCUGAGGCAGAUGAAACCGCUUCAUUUAGUCUCCUGAAAACAAAACGGUCCCUAAUCAGUCUUGACCUCACACCCCUCGUCCCCGAUGGAGACGGUAUCCUUGACGCAGGUGCUAUACUCGACCAUCUCAACUAUUUCUCGGAGCCUGGAUUCGGAGACACCUCUGCACCGGUCGAUAUUGACCUCAACUGCUUGGGACUCAAUGGUGUCAACGAUGAGGUCAUUGCUGACCUUGGAAAUGGCAUGAACAAACCUUUGAACGAGGUGUUGGCUGUACUCGCUCCGUUCGUUCACCCAGGAGAGCUUCAUCCUUGCAUCAAACCUAAACCCUGCAAUGGAUCUGCAUCUGGCUCAGAAUCUGACUCGGACUCUGGUUCUCACGGUCCACCUCCAAGCAAAACCUCGUCGGAACUAGGAUCCUCAAAAGGAAAUCCUGAAUCAUCUAGAUUGUGUCCUCCGGGUUCGACUCUCAAAGGAGAUUUCACAGCCCCCGUCGACGUAGAUCUUUCCUGUCUUGGACUGAAUGGUGUCAAUGGAGAAGCCAUUGUCAACUUAGGAACAGGACUCAACAAGCCACUGAAUGAGGUGUUAGAUAUCUUGUCGCCAAUGUUGCAUCCGGCCAACGUCCAUCCUUGCAUUAAGCCUACACCUUGUUACGGUGGAGGCGGAUCUGCAUCCGAACCCAAAAGUUCUCCUGGAACUCCUUCCAUCCCUGGAACGCCUUCAGGCGGUACUCUACCACCCCAGAGCGAAGGCGAACAUAGGCCCGGAUCUGGCUCUGGAUGCAGCUCAGCCUCCCUGUUAACAUCCGUACCGACCGCCUCUCCGCCUACCGGUGGUUCAGCGUCAGACAGUACUUCACCACCAACUGGUUCGUCUGGCAGCGAUCCGGAAUCAAGCGGUGAGUUAUCCAUACCCUGCUCUUUAACCACAACCAACAUACUCGAUAAAUUACAGGAUCAUGUACUUCCGAUGAUGAUCCAACCGCUGCAGUGGAUAUUGACCUUGAUUGCCUGAGGAUCAACGGUAUCAAUGGAGAGAUCAUUGCUAAUCUAGGAAGCGGCCUGAACAGACCUCUGAAUGAAGUGUUAGAUGUCCUGUCACCAGUCGUCCAUCCUUGCAUCAAACCUGAGCCUUGCCAUGGUAGAGGAUCUGCAUCCGCACCUAUAACCUCCCCAGCCAUUCCUUCCACCUCUGAAAGCUCUUCCGGUAAAUCCACGGCCAGUACACAAGCGCCCCACAGCGGACGCGGACAUGAGUCUUGGUCUGGCUCUCAACCCAGCUCUCCCUGCCUCUCGAGUUCUGUACCGGCUGCCUCUCGGCCUCCUUCCACGGUGCCGGUCACUACUCCUGCCCCUUCGAAAACUGGUUUCCCGAGCGGGAAAGGUGGCUCUACUUGUCAGAAGUGCUUGGGAAGUUCUACCUCGGGGGACUGGUCUCAUGCUGUUGGCAUUGACCUCAACUGCAUUGGCAUCAAUACUGUCGUGACGGUUGACCUAGGGCCUCAGGUUAACAAGUUGCUAAACGGCCUUCUGGAUGACACCCUGAAUCCCAUAGUCCACGCUGUUCCCUCUCUCAGAUCCGAGUUCGUAAAUGCUGAGGUCCUGAAGACCACACUAAACGAGUCUGUCGGGGUCGUUUCAUCAAUGACUGAUGCAGCGAAGGUGUUCUACGAGACAUGCGGCUGUAAGGACAUACCCGGUUCGAAAGCACUUCUCACUAUCGCGGUUACGGCUAAGCUCAAAACGUCGCUGGACAAAUUGCAAGUCAAUUCUACUGUUGAAAGCGCUAGCGCUGCGUUGAACGCUGCUCAUGGUGUCUUGGCUGCCGCAAAGUCGUGUGAAACGCUACCGGGGCUGGAAGUGCACUUGGCAAUGCUGAUUGGGAAUUGUCAGGAAUUGAUACCCAGAUUGGAGAGGUUGUUGGACGGUCUGGCCACUUGCGACUGUGGGAAAGAGUUAUCGGCUACCCCAAGACUGAUAAAGAAGCGACGGGGUUAUUGAAACACGGUGGGUUGAAUUCGUGUUCAUUUCGUUUGGUUUUACUCUCUUGGGUCGCGUUUGUCGAUUCGCUUUCGGUAGUUUUCGGUUUAUUCUGUACAUACAGUAUACUUUCAUAAUUUAGCUACGAUGCACUUUCCAUUGGCGCCAUUGAACGACAGCUCC